CCAGCAUCCCCAAUAAAGGCCAAGGUUCGCGAGGACUUUUUUCACAGUAGAAGAAUUUUCUCAAGCAACACAGAAAAACGGAAAUAUAUACGAUUGCCGGUUUAUUUCAUAAUCUUCAACAGAGCAUGGUUACUCCAAAAAUGGCAAGUCGACGACCAACCAAAAGAAUCUUGAAACCGGUUAUCGAGAAGAAACGGAGAGACCGGAUUAACCAGCGUUUAGAUGAGCUGCGAACGCUUCUCCUGGAUAACACUCUCGACACGCGACUUCAAAACCCCAAACUGGAGAAGGCUGAAAUUCUGGAAUUAACCGUUGAAUACAUUAGGACAAAAGCUGCGAGAAUUAGUCGAGGCGACUCUAACAAAGACCCAGACCCACACGAUGGGAGCGCUCCGACUCUCUCGUCGAGACCCCGUGUGCGUUUCGCUUCAGUCCCCGAGCCCAUCAAUGCCCAGACACCGAUGCCUUCCAAUCCAAUCUACAAAGCAGGCUUUAAGGAGUGCGUCUCCCGCCUGGCCAGCUUCAUCGACUGUGUGGAUCCUUCACAACGGGACGGUUUCGUUCAAGGCCUGUGUCACCACCUCGACUCCUACAGCAACGCUCUUCCCCAAAGCAGAGUUUCCAGCAGCCAAGCUUCCCAUCAUCAUCAUCAUCAUCAUCAUCCAUGGAUCCCCAAUGCAGAGUUGACGUGCAGAUCAGACGUCCCAAUGAGAGCCAACACUGAGCCCUUUUCCUACACCAAUAGUUUGUAUCCCACAUCUUUUAUGCUCCACCACCCUCAUCCCACAGGACAGCCCAUAACACAUCCCUACCUUUCCCCUCCAUACUCCAUCUCUCCUCCACCUUCUCCUUGUUAUUCAAGCAGCUCUCCUCCUUUCUCCAGCUCUCCCACAUACGUCUCAAUACCCUGCCAUUUCCCUUUCCCUCCCACCAUCUCACCACUCUCCAGCGACUCUUCAUCAUCAUCAUCCUCUUUCAGUCUCCCAACCCCUGUAGUCCCAGGUCCUCAUCUCCAGGUCUCUGUGGGAUCCCCAACUCCAGUGCGACCCACUGGCUCCGUUCCCUCCAGCCAACCCCGGACUCUGAGACGAGCUCUGUUCCACAACCAGACACACUCUCUGUGGAGACCCUGGUGAGCAGAACUCAAAAUACUUAGAGACUUAAAGCUCAGCAGUGAGCAACAUCUUCCCAUCAGAGUUCCCUGGGCUUCACAUGGAAAAGACAUCAGGAAUGCACAUGGAAAGGUGAAGGUGAG